CUUUCUGAACAAGGUUCAGAAAAGUUUUUUUUUUUUUCCACUGGGUGUUGACUGAUGCAUGCAAGUUAGAUGCCAUGCCACCCACAUUUUUAAAUUCACAGCUCUCGUAGAUAUAGAGGCUUGUAGUUGAUUUUUAUUUUCAAAUCACAGCAGGAUGGGGAAAUUUUUAUGCUCCAUCAAGGUCUUUUUAAAUAGGAACAAACAUCCUUCACUGAUAUGAAUACUUUUUUUUUACAACAAACCUUUUGUUUUAUUUUUCACUUUCAUCAUGAGACCUUGGUACAAACACUUUAUUCAAACAAGAGAAUAUAGUCUAACAUGCUGUUUUGUACUGAAACAAGCAUACAUUUCUGGUAUUUCACAGGGUCAGCCACUUCCACUCACUGGUAAAGUAAAGUAAUGGAUUUACAGAGGUGCACUCAAAAUAUCUUAGGAUCUGAAGACUGGUUACGGCCGUCCAUCAUUUUUAAAUAAAAAUUAUUUUACUGCUCAUUUGUAGAAGUUGAAUAUCAAUUACACUUUUGAAAAACUAUUUCAAUCAAGCCCUUUAAACUUUUUAAGGUAAAUAUUUAAUUUAUAAGUUAAAAGGAGUCAUACAAAUUAAAACUUCAAGAGUGAAGUUUUUCCCUGUAAAUAAGUAGAUUUCCUAACAAAUCGUGUACAAGAAUCUGUAAAUUAAAAAACUUUCACACAAAAAAAGUUUCAAAUUGCACUUAAAACUAUAGUAAAAUAAAAUGUCAGUGGCAUUACAACUGAUAGCACAACUCCAUCUGCUUCAAUGUCCCAUGAAAGGAAACCAGUAGCAUAGGCGUUUAGAAUGGGAGCAUACAAUCAGCGAAUGGACCAGCAUGGUCAUUACAAGCCAUAGGCCACACAUAGUCUUAAGAAUAGAGUCUUCUACCACUUAUAGGUAAUUCCAUAUCAGGGAUGUUAUCUGGUAUGGUAGCUGAAUAGUACCAAGACUUUGCAUAAGACCACCUAGUUCGAGGAAUUCCGUAAGUAUAAGAUAAGGUUCAGUCCCUUUGCUCUCCCAUGAAAAUUGUGAUCAUGUUCAAGGCUAAAAACUUAUAUUUACGAACUUUUAAGCACCUAUACAUCCCUACAGCGAACGUACGCACUCAGCUCGCCCUUGUGUAAUCGGCUUGUUAACGUUUCAUAUCAUGGUUCAAGGCUAAGCUAACUACUGUCAUACAUCCAUAAAAACUUAUUCGAAUGGUCAAGCCGUUGAGGGUUCCGGAAGAACACGUAAAUGCGGCCAACGCGAAAUUUACGAGGGGAAGGUACUCUGUGAUAAAGAGUAACAUCCUCUUGGUCCACUUUCGUCUGCUAGCUGUCUUCAGAUGCCCUUUUUAUAGCCCCAGUUUUGGCUGUCUUUUUAAACUAUACUUUUACUUAAAUCAGUAGUGAUCUUUUUUUACAACAGGCAACUCAAAAAUUCUUCCUAAGAGUAAUUUCAAACAUUUCUAAAGCGAUUAAACACUUGGCAUAGUUCUUUGGACUUCCGGUGAAUAAAUGCAUGCUAUCACGACUGUCGGGAGAUCGAUGGCAGAACAAAGGUGCCACCUCAUCUUUGGACUUAUAGCCGAUAUCCAGUAUGCCGACAGUGACGAUGGUUACAACUACAGAAAAACAAGGCGACGUUUCUAUCGUGCUGCGCUGACUCUUCUAAUGAAAGCUGUUGCUGACUGGAAGGCCAACAGGCCCGACAUGAAAUUUGUGCUCCAACUAGGUGACAUCAUUGAUGGUAUCAACAGAAGACAGAAUGGAAUGGGUGCUGCUUCCAAGGCAUUAAAUACAGUUCUGGCGCCAUUUGAUGAUCUGGCAUGUCCCACAUAUCACAUGGUGGGCAAUCAUGAUCUCUAUAACUUUCAGCGGCUGGAGAUCUUUGGAUCAGACCUCAACAGUAGCAAGCUUCCCAGUGUGCAAGGUGUUUCCGGUGAACUGUAUUACUCUGUUCUGGUGCACUCAUGCCUGCGUAUAAUAGUGUUGGACACAUAUGAUGUAAGUGUCCUAGGCUAUCAAGAUCAUCAAGAUCACCCUCAUUACAAAACAGCUGUGGCUCUACUGGAGAAAUUUAACUUCAAUAAAGACAAAAACUCAUCUGAUGGACUUAAAGGAAUGGAUAAGCGCUUUGUAGCUUGGAAUGGAGGUGUAGGGGAGAAGCAGCUAGCCUGGCUUGAUGAGCAGCUGACUGAUGCUGAUUCCAAGCAACAAAAUGUUCUUAUCUGUGGUCACAUACAGCUGCAUGCAGAAGACAUCUAUGAUGUACUUUGCCUUCUAUGGAAUUAUCAAGAGGUGCUAGCAGUCUUACAUGCUCACAGAUGUGUGGUGGGUUGUGUAGCUGGCCAUGAUCAUGAUGGUUCCCUCACAGUUGAUUCUGCUGGUAUUUCACACUUGGUUCUAAAUGGGGUGAUAGAAACUGACUCCAGCACAAAUGCUUAUGCCACUGCUUUUCUAAAGGACAAAACUUUAGAAAUUCAAGGUGCUGGGAUUGUGCCCUCGGUUACAAUGCCGCUGAGAUAUUUUGCUGGCAAAAAUAUAGCUGGUCCUUAUUUAAGCGGGGCUAAUCUGUAGGUUAUUUUCUAGUAUUGAUCAGAGAGUUCUCUGGAGGCACUGACCACAUAAUUUAUUUUGAUCUACAUCACCACUUAGCAGAUGUUUCCUCAUGACCUGUAUGCCACUCCCAUUUAUCAUUGAAUAAAACAGUUGCUGUCACAGUAGGCACUCUUCAGAAAAAAAGUUCAAAUGAAACAGGGUAAUGACUUUCUGCAAAUUAACAGUUAUCAUAAACUUGUUAUAGUAGGUUCACUUUAGAAAAAAACGGACCAAAGUUUGCUUCAAAAAAAUGUUGAUUGUUAUAGUAGGUUCACUUUAGAAAAAACAGACCAAAGUUUGCUUCAAAAAAAUGUUGAUUGUUAUAGUAGGUUCACUUUAGAAAAAACAGACCAAAGUUUGCUUCAAAAAAAGUUGAUUUUAUAUAAAGCAUAAUUAUUCCGCCUGAUAUUUUGAUAGAAUUUUUUUUUAUUUUAAAAUUCUUUUCAACUUGGUUGGUUUCUACUUUUAAUGAAACCGUCAACUGCAUCAACCUUAUUUUCAAGUAAUUUGAAUAAUUUAUCCUAUUAUACCCAUUUGUAAUCCACAUUUUACCAUUCAAAUUUGUUGUUCACCAUAAUGUGCAGAUGUUUAUGCUGUGAUUAAUAAGAUAUAUUUUUCUAAUAAAAUUAAAGAUCGCAGUUUUGUUUUAUUUGUCAGCACAACCGACAUGUAUGGAUGUGUGAGUAUGUUUGUAAAUGUGUAGUAGGUUGCAUACCAUAAUCUGUAGUCUUGUCAUCAAUAGGAAAGAGGUGAUGACAUCCUUGAAGCUAAUCUGGAUAAAAAAAUUACUUUAAAUAAGUGGUUUUUGAUUCAUUGAGACACUAACUUCAAAAAUUGAAUUCUGUGUUCCUUUUACAAACUACAAUUUGUUGAACACAAUUCUCACUUGGAAAGAUUUUAAGACUUCAUUCCUUACACUGGCAUAAAAAUAGGCAAAGUGGUAUGUUAAUGGCUCAUUAACAGAUGUUAUGCUCAAAGCUUUUGCAUUGAUGAGAGAAAGGGGCCAGAAAAUUUUUGAGGCAGCUUUUUCUCAAAACAAAAUCAAAACUUAAAAAAAAAAAAAACCCACAAAA